GAGAGAAGAGAGAGAGAGAGCGGUUGUCGUGGGAAUAUCUCUGAACAUGGAGAGAUAGAGAGACAGAGAGCGUGGAACAGUGGGAAAAAGCUGAAAAAGAAAGAUCGAAGAAGCAAGACAAACCCUAACGAGAUCGGUGCGCUCUCUAGAUUCUUUUCCGCUCCUCCAAUCCUCCCUGUUCAGUUCAAUCUAGUCCAAUUCUGAGAAAGUCAGGCGCUGUGCUUCUCCACGGAUCCGCCGCUCAUUGCGGUUUCUUCGUGCUGAGGCGGCGGCUGAGAAACGGCCUCGUUUGCUCACCUGGUCUCUGGGUGUGUGCAGAAGCCCUAAGCGCGGAGCUGCGCGUUUUCUCGAGAGGCUACUGGAAUACUGGAGACCAACUCUUUCUGGAUGGGAGGUUCUAUGCCAUUGAUUUGUUUUGGCGUCUAUUAAUGAAUAUUGAUGCGAGGAUCUUAUUUUGUCAUCUACAAGGGGACUAGAAGACUGAAAGAUGCCUUCUUCACCAUUGUCUAGACGCUCCCCAGCAAGGGAGCUUAAAGUGGAAAGUGCUUGUGCCCAAAGGAGGGGUCACGUUUUAGGGACUGGAUAUCCUCUCAAGGCCAAGGAUGAUGAUCUACUCCUGUUUAAUGAAGUGCAGAACCGUGAAAGAGACAAUUCCUUGCUACACUCAGACGAUUUUGAUGAAUCCAUAUCAAAAUUGAGAUAUUUUUCGAAUACCAAUCUUGGGAUAAUGAUACCAACUCGAACCGAGAGCAAUGAUAUAUUCAAUGCAGAUGGUGGCAAAAAUGACUAUGAUUGGCUGUUGACUCCUCCUGAAACUCCUCUUUUUACUUCACUGGAUGAUGAUGUGUCACAACCUGUGAAUGUGCCUAGAGGAAGGACUAGAACUCAAUAUAUCUCAAAUUCCAAAACAGCCAUUUCUGAAAAGACUCCAAGGCUAAAGAGAAGCAGUGAGAGUCCACAUCGAUUAAGUUCAUCUCCUAGAUCUAGCUAUAGUGUCUCUCAUUCAAGAAGUAGACCUACUUCAGUUACUCACUCAAGCCCACCUCCAGUUCGACAACCUGCAACGCACUCACGAAGCCCUUCUACUCCUCCAACAAGACCUUCACUACCUGCUCGAAGGUCUUUGACUCCAACAUCAUGGAGGAUGAGUACAGGUUCAUCCACAGGUAAAAGGUGGACAUCUCCUGUAACUGCUAAUCGUGGAAAUUCUGCCUCACCAAAAUUGCGAGGAUGGCAAACAGACCUUCCUAGUUUUUCCACAGAUGUGCCACAUAACCUUCGAACUUCUCUGACAGAUCUGCCAGCAACACGUUUGCGUGGUUUGUCUCCAAUAUCUGGACAUAGAAGGAGGUCUACAUCAAAUUGUGGAAGGCACUCAGUAUCACCAACUUCUUCUAAAACUGUAACCUCAUCACACAACAGAGGAGAGCAACUUAGCUCUAUUAGCAAGCAAUCUGCAGCAUCUUCCAAUGAAGAUGAUUCUGAAUCACAUGCUUUUAUUGGAGUUCCCUAUAAUGCAGCUGCUACAAAAGACAAAGAUUUUGCACACACUAGAUCUAUGGGAUUCUCCAAGAAACCAUCAAGAUCUCCCUCUUCAAGUUCUGCACCAAAGAGAUCCUUUGAUUUGGUUAUUAGACAAAUGGAUCACCAUAAAACACCACAAAAUAUGUUCAGGCCAUUGCUAUCAAGUGUUCCUGUGACUACAUUUCACUCUGGAAAACCAAGCAGCGUGCAUCGGCCUAUAUUCUCUAGGAAUUCCUCACGUACAACCAGCAGCAAUUCAAGCUCUGAGCUUGGCACUAGUGUAGUUCUGUAUUUGCAGGAUAGUGAUAAUAAUCAAAGUGAUCAGGCUGGCGAUUUGGAUAGGAAGAAGGUUACCCGGUUGCAAGAGGAUAUAUUUGUCUUUGAUAAAUUAUGUGAAAUUAAUGAAGAUACUUGUCAUAACACUUCUGUUCCAAAAUGUGGAAAUAGUAUUGAGAUUAUUGACAUGAGUCUGUCCAAUGAAGUGGAAUCCAAGUUGGACAAUUUAACGAUCAAUGGUGUUUUGGUAGAUACUGUAGCUUCUCAAGGUUCGUCAUUUGCUGUUGACGUUUCAGGGAAUCAUGCUUCUGAAAAAAUGAUUAGAUGCUCAACCUGUGGAAAAUAUUUCAAUGUUUUGGAAGUGGACAAGAAUGUUUGUCAAGAAUGUUCAGUACCAAGUUGUUUGGUAAAUUCAAAGGAACCCAGGAAUAAUGUUCCUACCCAUGAAAUUGAUUCUGUUGAAAAUUUAAGUAUUUGCUUGAACUGUGGAAAAAGCUUCAUAGUCAAGGAUAUGAUUUUGGAUAGGUGUCAAGAAUGUGAUGCAAUUUAUGGGUUGAAUGUGUUGAAAGGUUCUGGAACCAAGCAAGUUACAACUCAGGAUGAUCCUGAAGGAAAACUGGGUUAUGGGAUGCAAAGGGAAACAACAUUGUCUAUACUGCAUGACAGUAGAGAUCAUUUUAUGCCCAACCAGCAUGGACAGCUUAGUGAAAAAGUAGAAGCUGAUUUCUCUACUGGCUGUGAGCCAUGCUUGAGAACUGAUGAAGAUGUGGAUAAUCUUUCUAAACAUGAAAUAUUAAAUCUGAAUGAAUUGGAUGAUCCAGAAUCGUGUAGUAAAUGUGAAUCUCCACCAUCACAAUCAACUUCUUGUCGAAGUGACAAUGCUGGCAACUCUGAGGGCACAGGCAUUGCAGCACUCCUAAUGAACACGACAAGCAGCAGAAAAUGGCCUCUCAUGCGAGGCAAGAGUAUUUCUGCCACAGACAUUCUUUUUCCAGAGCCUUGUUAUGGAGGAACUGAUAUGAAUGCCUUGAAGCACAGCCUUGGGAGGGACAGUUCUUCUGCUUCUUCCUCUAUUGAUCUGGGGCCAUCUGGACAAACAUACAGGCACCUUCUGCACCAGUUAAGCUAUAGGAGGAAUGAUAUUGACAAUGCGAGGUGUGAAUCCCUCAUCAGUGAUUCAGAAAAGUUUACUGUCAUUGGUAAGGCAAUUUAUCCCCAAAUUCAAAUGGAACAAGUUUCUUCUCUCAUUUCCUUUGCUCUUGAAGAUGAAGUGGAAAAUGAAGUUUCCAGUGCUGAAAAGCCUGACAAUCUUGGCGGGAAGCCAUAUUUAAGUACUACAAAGCAUAUAUCUACGAAGCAAGCUGCUAUUGGCACAUAUGUUUCUUCCCAUAGUACCUCAUCUUUGGCGAUGGGUAGCAUAUUAAUGCAAUUGGGUGAAGAAAAUAAUCAACAUGAUACUUCUAUAGCAAGUAAUCCACGUAGAAGCUCUAUUUCUUGUGGAAACACCGAUGAAGUUUGGUCUUAUAACAGAGAAAGGAGCAACGAAGAGGUUGAGAGGCUUGCUAACCAGGGAGCAUCUUCAACUGAAGACAGUUAUACACUAACUAACAUGGUUUGUGGAACUCAAGAAAUUUCUGACACUGCAGCAACUAGCUCACCUCUUAUAAUCUUAGAUCAGCAAAGUGAAAUGGUAAGUUGCCAGAAUGCACAAGUUGAUGGUACAUCUGCUGCAGUAACAAGUCACAUGGAGGGUUUCCAAGAAGAUUGCAUUUCAAAACCAGUGGAGAAGGACGUAUUGUUUUCUGAAUUGGGAUCUAAUUUUGCUCAGGAUCCAACCAUUGCAGAACCAAUGGCUACUGCUGAAUCUCCAAAGAAACAAAUGCAAAGGUCUUUUACAUUGGAAGAAGCCACAGAUACUGUUCUCUUCUGCAGUUCGAUUGUUCACGAUACCGCCUACAAAGCUGCAACAAUUGCACUGGAUAAGGAAUUCCCUGCUAAUAAGUUUUCACUUCAGCCAGUUGCAUUUCUGGCAAGUAGUGCCCCCCGCAUUAAGGAUUUCCGAGAAGCAUCCAUUCGAUACACUAAGAGCCCAAGAAAACUUAAACAGAGAAAGCCAGAAACAGCUGAUAAGUUAUCAUCUGUUGAAAUAACAGAGAUAACACCGUGCAAUAAGAAAGACUCAGACGUAUAUGACAAUGCAAAACCCCCAAAGCUGGAGUCCAAGUGCAACUGCACGGUGAUGUAGGCAAUUCGUUGUUUGCAAAUUCGACAUCACCGAUGUGAUUCUCUUCAGUAUAGUUCUAGCACUAAGUUCAAUAUUCUUUUCUGGCAAGACAGGAUUGUAUAUUUCAGAGGUGCCAUGUUUCCUUCCAUAUCUUGAUUUAUUCUUCUGAUGACGCCCAACAAGUCUUGUUUAAAGAUAAUGUCCUUGGCAACAGAUCAUGAGAGGCAUGCAAUGUUGGUGAUUGCUUCCAUUUUUCCUUGCUAGCUGGCUAAGCUGGCGCUAUUGUAUUUUUUUUCUUUCCUUUUUUUUUUCUCGAGGGAUGCACUAGUGAUUUCAUUCACUUGUAAAUUUUGUCAUUAUUGUCCUUGCCAAGGAAUUGUUGUAAUGUUGUUGAAUAAAGUGUUAUGCCUUUUCCACUU